CACACACGGCGGCGUCAGUCGAUCGGGCGGCGGCAGACGCGGCACGUGCCUGGUGACCUCCUGGGGUGCUGAGACGACUGGCGGUCAGUGGACAUCCGGCACGGACUCCGUGGGAACUGAGUGACACGAGCGGACAGAUCAAAUAGACGGGCGUGGAGAUUGAUACUGCCGAGUGUGUCUCGGUCACGACCAGUGGUGUUGAGAGAAAACUCACUAUCUCAGUGUGAACAUCGCUAGCGUGGGGAAUAUCGUGAGAGCGGCACGUAGCUGUGAUCCUGGAGUCGCCUACUUCGACAGCUUCUGUGGCACCCGGGUCUUCCUGGGCGGUGUCUGUGGCCUCCGCAGCCCCUGGAGCUGCUACAACUGUCAACAUGGCCACCAUCUACGCCGUCGUCAGCCCGCACAGCAAGCUGCAAAUCAAGACCGAGCUGCUGAGUCCUCACAGCACCACACGCACCCCAACACCUCAGCGGCCUCUCCGACCUGUGAACAAGGCCGGAGAGCCGGGGAAGGCACGUCGCCAGCUGGCUAUGAACCUCAACAAGGGCGGCCCGGUCAUCAACAACCGACGCAACGCCCGCGAGCGCAACCGGGUCAAGCAGGUCAACCAGGGCUUCGCCGUGCUGCGCGCUCAUCUUCCGUCCGUCGAGAAGAGCAAGAAGGUCAGCAAAGUGGACACUCUGCGCGGUGCCAUCGACUACAUUCAGUCUCUGAGCGAGCUGCUGGCGUCUGCCCCGGAGAGUCCAUGUGAGCCUCCACCUCCGUAUGGUUACCGAACCGACGUACCGGCGGGGGUGCUUCACCAGCCUCUACCUUACCACCCGGCUCCCCCACCGCCGCCAGAGCAUGGCACCUAUCUGCCUGAGCCGCCGCCGUACCGCGACUCAGUGCGGGAGCUGCGUCAGCGCCAGCUCCAGCACCAGCUGCCGCAGCACCCGCAGCAGCUGCUGCAGCUGAGUGGCGCCCUCCGACCGGACGAGACUGACCUGCUGGGGUCACUGCGGUGGUGGCCGACACCCAGCCCGCCUCCGGGACAGUGAGGUCGGUAGCGGAGGGCGAGAUGUGACUGCUGCCUUCGAAGCCGGCGGGCUGAGGUAGCUCACUCCAGAGAAGCUGUGCCAGCUCACUCCAAUGCCGGCCGUGCUAGCUGCCUCCGGAACCGGUGGAUUUUGGCUGGUAGCUCACUCAAAGCAGCUCUGACAAUGCCUCCCACAAUGUGCUUAUUGUGACAGCGUCUACUGGCGGGCUAUGGCAGCUCUUCCAUGGCGUGCGAACUGUAGAUUCUCCCUCCACAGUACGUUGGCUGUGGAUUCUCGACCAAUCAAGGUGCUCUGAUGAUUGUGGCUCAAAGACGAUCUCUUCACUAAUGUUGUGGUGUUAGUACGAUGGGGUAGGUAUACCUGAAGUAGAAGUUUGGUCCGGUUUGUGACGACGCGAGAUGGAAACUGUGUCUUUUCAUGACUUAUUGUCACAUCGUCAUGUUAUACCAAUUUUGUAAACACAAUCGAUGCCUUCCAAGUCAAAUGUUGUAUGUAGGUAUGAAGUGAGCGUUUUACACGCAUGUACUGUGUGAAUGAAUUGUGAACCGUUGCAUCCUACGAGGGAAUUGAGUCAUUCCCAACUCAACGCUUUUGCGACUUUAGUGUACAAUGUAUUUAAUGCUGAUCUGUAAUGAAGAUGUGAUUUGUCUGAAAUGAAGUUUUUCUGACACUA